AUGGAGGAGGAGGCUGUGAGGAAGACAAAGACGCUGUGGAACACUGAGGCAGCCGUGGAGAUCCCGCAGAAUGAGGGGCUCCAAACCCAGCCCAGGGUGCUUGAGGAGGAAAGACCCACCCUGUGCCAGGAAGGUGGACAGAGAUUCAGCCACAGCUCGGAGCUGGUGGUCCAUGAGCAGCUUCACGAUGGGGAGAAGCCCUACAAGUGCUUGGAGUGUGGGAAGAGCUUCAGGCAGAGCUCUGACCUGAUCUGCCACCAGAUGAUCCACACUGGGGAAUGGGCCUACAAUUGUAGGGAAUGUGGAAAGGGCUGCAGCUGCAGCUCCGCACUCAUCAUCCACCAACGCAUCCACUCCGAGGAGAGGCCCUACGAGUGUUCUGAGUGUGGGAAGAGGUUCCAGAUCAGAUCCCUUCUCCUCCAGCACCAGCGGAUGCACACGGAUGAGAGGCCCUUCCGCUGCCCCGACUGCAGGAUGGGCUUCAAGCACAACUCCCACCUCAUCAGGCACUGGCGCAUCCACACUGAGGAGAGGCCCUACAAGUGUGGGAAAUGUGGGAUGAGCUUCGGAUCGAGCUCCAGCCUGAUUCACCACCAGAGGAUCCACACCAGAGAAUGGCCCUAUGGGUGUGGGAAAUGUGGGAUGAGCUUCAGCUGCAGCUCCGAUGUGAUCCACCACCAGAGGAUCCACAGUGGGGAAAAGCCAUACCAGUGUGGGGAAUGUGGGAUGACCUUCAGCCGGAGGGCCCACCUGAUCAUCCACCAAAUGAUCCACACUGAGGAGAGGCCCUACGAGUGUCCCGAGUGUCCGAAGAGGUUUCAGACCAGCUCCAGUCUCCUCCAGCAUCAGCGGAUUCACACAGAGGAGAGGCCCUUCCGCUGCCCCGACUGCGGGAAGGGCUUCAAGCAAAACUUCAAUCUCUGCCACAGCCUCCCCCAGAGGAUGUUCCACGAGAUCAACCUCAGAGCCUGA